AUGAAGGAACUUCCAAAAUCUGCGAGGAUUAGAAAGAAAGGCCGAAAACAUGAGCAAAUCUUUACACAUGAACAUGUUCCAUUAUAUUGCUCCAAGUGUUGCAAGAUUGGACACAAAUUGAGUGACUGUAGAGUUGGAAAGCCAUUGCCACAAGUGAAUGAAAUCGAGAAGGAGAAUGCUCCAAUUCCAAAGAAAGAAGGAAUUAAAUUGCUGCAAUCCAAAGUGACUUGGGGUUCCAAACGUAAGAAGGAAACUCCAGAGCUUGAUGUGGAGAUUCUGCAAACGCAACCUCUAAUUGUUAGGGCAGUUGCACCACCGGUUAAAGAGAUCAGGUUGUGGAUAAAAUUGUUCAGAUGGGAGAUGACAAAGUGCACGGUGAAAUUGGCUCCUUUGUUGCAAUCAGCCUCACAGGAUGAUGAAAACAGAAAUGCGACAGAGAAAACUCAUGCUCUAGUGACUUCCAAUUGUUUCACUACUCUUGAGGAAGAAUCCACUGCAGUUGUUGAUGAGGAAGAAGAGGAGCAUGUGGAAGAUGUAUUUAUUGAAGAUCCUCAGUCGCUGCAUAUAAUUCAGAAUGUCCCUGAGUUAGUUGCUGAAUCGCUCGAAGUGCUUCCUUUGGGUAGUACAAGCCCCCUGGAUGUGGGAACUUGUUUGGAUGAUGGAAUGUUGGGAACAUCUACUAAAGAUGAUGAUUUGGUUGAUAUUGAUCGGGGAAGUUGGUUCGACGGCGAUGCAGAAAAUGCUCAUGUACCAGAACCGGUGCAAGGGGAUGGUUUAGUGCAUAAGAAACAUGGUCGGAAGUCAAAGGAGGAAAAGGCUCACUUGCUUGAAGGCUUUAUGCCAAGGCGGUCUUCGCUACUACAAUAG